AUGUCGAUGGAGAAUCCUACUGGGCUGUAUAGAUACCCAGUGACAAAGUUGUGUAUGGUGGGGACCACUAUGGUUACUUUGGUAGCCUCUAUUGCCAGUUGCAAGUACAUCUUUAUUGCCAAAUAUGAUCCAUUCAUAUCUGAAUACCAACAGUACUUCAGGCUUCUGACUUUCCAAUUGGGGUGUGUCAAUGAAACGGAUAUGGCAUUGUUAGUCCUGAUAUGGUAUCAGUUUAGAAAUUUGGAGAGAUUGAUGGGUUCGUUAAAAUACAUUAGUGUGAUAUCGCUGGCUCUGAUAUACACAACUGUAUGCCUAGCAGGUUUAAACUGUCUAGUAAAUCGUAUAUUGCCGUGGAAAAUUUGGAACGGUCUGACUACAGGUUGUUUACCACUAGUGUUGGCUCUAUUCCAUUUUUAUAAAGAGUAUACACCCCAAGUCUAUGAAUUCGAAGUAUUAUUGACCCAACCGUGGUCUCAAAAGAGCCAUAGAAAGCAGUACAAAUGGAUUCUUAAUGACCAAUUUUUGGUUAAUGCCCUUGUUGCCAUUUUGUUGAUAAACCAAGGUGUGGAAGGCAUAAUUUGUGGAUUCAUCAGCUGGAUAAUUGGAGUUUUCUUAGACAAAGGUCUUCUACCUGGUAUGGACCGCUGGAGAUUACCACUAAUGCAACAUCUCCUAAUGCCAAAAGAUGCUAGUAAUAACCAGGGAGUCUACGAGAAUCCUGGGGGUGAAACUAGUGAAGAACUAUUGAUUAGAAGAGAUGAUCGUGAAGAGAGUCCGGGCGCCAGUAACGGUGCAUCGCCUCUAGACGAUGAGAAUGCUAAUGAUGAACCUGCAAGACCUCUUGGUGUACAGUUUUUAGAAACAUUUCGAACAUAG